AUGAAACAACCCAUCAUCCCAACGAAUGGUACCAUGGCAACUCGAAUGCUUCGUAUCAUCGGGCCCCUGUGUCUACUCGCUUUCAUUCUUUUGUAUGUGUAUUUCUCUACUUCAACACCUGCGCAACAAAUGACACUACAGCCGGAGAACAAUGAAAUUGGUUCAUCACCCAAAGAGACAUUAUUGGCACCUGUAUCCCAGCAACACUACGACGACGACGAAAACAACAACAAUGAAAAUGUCGAACCCAGACCCACUAUCAACACAAUCGCUGUGGAGGAAGAGGAGGAGAAGGAGAACAAUGAUGACAUACCAGAUGAUAACAAUAAUAACAACAAUGAACCUCGCCAUUAUGGCUAUGUUUUGAUUAUUGCUUCAGAACCACAUCAACAAUCACGGCGUGCUCUUAUUCGUGAAAAGUAUUUUGGAUUACAAAACAAUCUUGUGCCAUGCAUGGAGUACGACACCGAUAUCUAUUACAAGUUUUGGAUAUAUGGUAAAACUACUACUACCGAUGCGCAGCAGCUUGAAUUGGAAAGCGUUGAAUGGAACGACAUUGUACAAACAAACGAGGCAGGCUUUGAUCAAGAAAAACUUUUGAAAUGGGCAUCUCGAGAAUUGAUGGUGACGUAUGAUUAUUUAAUUAUGCAAGACAUCCAUACCUUUAUUCAUCUACCCACCAUCAAGCGAGAAUUGGACGCGGGCUUAAUUGGUGAUGACAGUGAUCAGCCUUAUGUUGUUAGCACCGAACAACCUCUCAACUUGGUUUGGGGCAGCUUUACAGGUCGUAAGGUGGACAAGCAAGCAGCCGUUAUUGGUGCCACGGCGACAGAGGUGCUUUUAAACAAUCAACAUCAGCAACGCCGUCUUGCGCGUCGAUCCAUGCAUUUCUUGACCAACAUGUAUUGGUAUUAUCGAGCCGUUGCCAAGGACUUGAUGGAGGAAACGGAUGCUACGCUUGGCCCUGAAGAAGCGAUUGAAGAACAAGCACGCAUUAUCCCAUCCUUUGUGCGUCAGAAUUUCAUGAUGCAAUGGGAAAACAAUAUCGAGUCGGUGCAAGGACAAGGCUGUGUGGUAGCCAAUGUAUUACAGGAUGAUGAUUUUCGAGAAUUGGCAAGCUGGACUCGUUUACGAUCACUUCCCGUUUGCGUACAUCAUCGAAGCAGUGGCUAUUAUUAUCAUCAGGAACUCGUUGUGAUCACCCCAUCAUCGUCAUGUGCAAAGAAGGAAAUGAUUGAAAACAAGCGUGUUUAUGCAUUGCGCCACGGCUACGUUUUUGUCGCACGGUCAGCCGAAUUUACCCAGCAACCACUCAAAGGUCGUGAUAAUGCAUGGGGCAUGAUCGAUGUCAUGGAAAAGGCAUUGCCAAAAUACAAGUGGUUGCUAUGGCUCGAUCCAAAAGUUAAAGUGCAAGACAUGGAACAGCCGAUACUAUCCUCCACAAGAGAAGAAGAUAAUAAUAACAUGGAUGGUGGUAUGUAUGAUCUGGUGAUGGAUGAACAAGGAGGCAUUGUUUUGCUACGCAACUCGGUAUGGGCAAAGCAGUUCCUACGUGAUGUACAGCUACAAAAAGAUCAUGAUCCCGUCACUGCCAUGACCCUUGUAUUACAGCAACCUAACAACAAAGAGCAUGCAUUGGUGUUGGAGGAUUUUGGAACGUAUACAGGAGGAGCAAGUAGCCAAUUUGCUACCUAUUCAGACGACGACGACGAAUGCCGUAAAAGAUGA